AUGUCCAACUCUUCAUCAUCACUAGCAACUUUUGGGGAACCAUGGCCCGAUUAUAACGACGGCUUAAGUUACACCGACUUGAUUCCGCCUUCUUGCUCCGGUUUGAGUGUGAUUGAGUAUUACUCCAAAAAGCACCAUAACUCAGCUCCACUUCAUGGUUGGUUGCAGAGGAUACAGAACGAACAGAUAACAAUUGAUGGUGUAGUUGUUAAAGAUCCAAAUACAAUCCUCAGAGAUGGCUCGGUGUUAGUUUAUCACCGGCUUCCAUGGAAGGAGCCCCAUGCACCUUACCAACUGCAAGUUCUGUUUGAAGAUGAUGAUUUGGUUGCUCUAAAUAAACCCUCUGGUCUUCAAGUUUUACCUGGAGGACUAUUCCAGCAGCGGACUGUAUUGACACAGCUCCAGUGGCAUAUAAGCAAGGGAGCUUCUUUAUGUCAGCAACCUCAUCCGGCUCCUGUUCAUCGUCUCGGAAGGGGGACAUCAGGAAUAUUGCUUUGUGCAAAGACACAGUUUGCAAAAUCUCGCCUUUCAGCAUACUUUGCUGAUGGCACCUCAGCAGUAGGGAAUAAAAGGAGCAAUGAUGCGGAACUCAAUUCAACAAGGAAAAUUUCAAAGUAUUAUCGGGCUUUAGUCAGCGGGGUCAUUGAUGAGGAUCAGGUUAUUAUAGACCAACCUAUUGGGUUGGUCAAAUAUCCUGGUGUGGCCAAAGGACUCUAUGUUGCUUCUCCUUCAGGGAAACCAGCUCUGAGCAAAGUCAGCAUACUUGAAAGAGAUGUGAAGGUUAGCUCUACACUGGUUCAGGUUGAGAUUCAAUCAGGAAGGCCACAUCAAAUCCGUAUUCACCUUUCUUUUAUUGGACACCCAUUAAUAGGUGAUCCUCUUUAUGUUGCCGGUGGCCAUCCAAACAAUUUUAAUGCAGAACUUACAGAUGAAAGUUUUGCGCAGGAUGGAGGAUAUAGGAGACCUGAGAAUCCUGUUCCAGGAGACUGUGGAUACCAUUUGCAUGCACACCGGUUACUGCUUGCUCACCCCAUUACCAACGAGGUAAAUGUGCCUAAGCAUGAAGUGAAUAAGGGAUAA